UUCUCCUCUACUUAGAAAAUUUUGAUCCAGUUUUCUCAAUUUCUUCAAAUCUCGUAUCGAUAUGGCGAAUCAUGAAACGAUAUUCGAUCAGCUAAAGAAGCAGAUACCAGUGGAUGAAGAAGAAUCUCUCAAUUUGAAUCGAGACUCGAGCGUUGGUCUCGUCAUCGUUGACGUUGUUAAUGGCUUCUGCACAAUUGGCUCCGGCAAUAUGGCUCCAACAAAGCAUAAUGAACAAAUAUCGAAGAUGGUGGAGGAAAGUGCAAAGCUUGCUAGAGAGUUCUGUGAUCGGAAAUGGCCGGUUUUGGCCUUUAUUGACUCUCAUCAUCCGGAUAUUCCGGAGAUACCUUAUCCUCCUCAUUGUAUUAUAGGAACUGAAGAAGCUGAACUUGUUCCUGCUCUGAAAUGGCUUGAAAGUGAGAAUUGUGCCACUCUUAGGCGAAAGGAUUGUAUUGAUGGGUUUGUGGGUUCGAUGGAGAAAGAUGGUUCUAAUGUUUUUGUGGAUUGGAUUAAGGAAAAACAGAUCAAAGUUAUUGUGGUUGUAGGUAUCUGUACAGACAUAUGUGUGUUUGAUUUUGUGGCUACUGCACUCUCUGCCCGAAACCACGGUGUUCUUUCUCCCCUAGAAGAUGUGGUAGUUUACUCGCGUGGCUGCGCUACUUUUGACCUCCCUCUUCAUGUUGCGAAAGAUAUCAAAGGCGCUCAGGCUCAUCCUCAGGAGUUGAUGCACCAUGUAGGUCUAUAUAUGGCUAAAGGAAGAGGAGCUAAGGUAGUCUCUAAAAUUUAUUUUGAGACUUGAAAAACUAUCUCGUUUAUAAACAUAACACUCUUGAUAUCAAAUAUUUCAGUAAAUUGUUGAGUUUUCCUCUCUUUUCUUUUCGUGUAAAUUGUUCAUGAAUCUUGUUCUCUGAAGAUCAACUCUUGUGUAACUGUUUCAGAAUGACAAAUAAAAUGAGUUUCUCAUCUGUCUAAA